AGUUGGUAAAGUCACAGGACAGAGACAGACACAUGGAAAUGAGAGAGCUCAGGUGAUGUGCUGCAGCGGAGACGAACCGGGAUCAUGAGGGUUUAGAGCGAGGAGGAGACGAGAGAGAAAAGUGCUGGAGCUGUGGCUGGGAGCGGAGACAGGAUGUUUUCUGAUCUCAUGUGUCUUGAUGAUUCAGAAGAGGGCAGCGAGCGUUUAGUGUCGUACAUGUGAGGCCGUCCGCGCGGAAAUGUGCCGACUUCAGCGCUUCUGAGAUUUAAACCCACGGGACCGAGGAAGACGAGGAGGAUGCUGCAGUGACAGAACAGAAGGAGCUGGGUUUGCAGAGAUCGUAUCAGUGCAUCAUUCCACCCUGAGCGGGGACUUGCUCGCCCUUCGCAGGAUUUCAUACCAGAUGGUCUCACCAGAGUAAAUGUUCCUGUCCCCUGCUGUCAGUGUGGAGUAGUGCUGGAGGCUGCGGGGCGGCUGUGUGCUGUGUGAAGUUCCUACGAGUGCAGCGGAGUGGCAGUCGCUGACAGAGACACACUUGUACAGAAGGAGGAGAGGACUGGCGCUCUUUUUUUCACAGGAGGAUAUAUAGAUAUAUGUAUAUAUAUAUGUAUAUAUAUAUAUAAAUUAAAAAAGAAAAAACGCAGUCUCACCCCUUUGCUGCCCUGCACGGUUGCGUCGGUUGUGGCAGCACCUCUGGGAUUGGAAGGAGGCGGGCUGCUGCUGCUGCUGCUGCUGGCGUGAUGGUGGUGGUGGCGUGGUCGCCCCGGGAGCGGGCCUGGCAGGCUGUUCUCCUGGUGACUGGACUGGCAUCUCUGAGCCGUGGGUCUGAUGCCAACAUGUUGGACACCAUGCUUCUGAAGAACGGAUGGAAGGGGGGGUCGGAGCGAAAGGCGGAGGAGAGCAGCAGCAGCAGCACGGCCACUGUUUCAGCUCAGAACAUGCUCUGGUGCUACUGCAACCACCUCUGCCCAGAAAACUCCGUCAACAACACCUGCAUCACCAACGGUUUCUGCUUCACCAUGGUGGAGGAGGAGGAGGGGGGAGUGGCUGUACUCACCUCAGGUUGUUUAGGACUCGCUGGUUCUGAGUUCCAGUGUCGGGACACGUGGAAUGCUCGUUCCAGGAGAGCUCUGGAGUGCUGCACCGAUCAGGACUACUGCAACCGAGAUUUGCAUCCCACUCUUCCUCCGAUCGUGACGUCAGAUUAUGUGGACAGCAGCAUCCAGUACAUGGCUCUGUUCAUUUCCAUCACAGUCUGCACCAUCAUCCUCGGCCUCUGCCUCGUCUUCUUCUACUUCAGAUAUAAGCGGCAGGAGUCACAGCCGCGCUACAGCAUCGACCUGGAGCAGGAAGAGACCUACAUCCCCCCCGGGGAGUCUCUCAAAGAUCUCAUAGAGCAUUCCAGGAGCACAGGGUCUGGCUCAGGGUCAGGACUCCCUCUACUGGUGCAGCGAACCAUCGCCAAGCAAAUUCAGAUGGUGAAGCAGAUCGGAAAAGGGCGAUACGGAGAGGUGUGGAUGGGCAAGUGGAGAGGAGAGAGAGUGGCGGUGAAAGUCUUCUUCACCACAGAGGAAGAGAGCUGGUUCAGAGAGACGGAGAUUUAUCAGACCUUCCUGAUGAGACACGACAACAUCCUGGGAUUCAUAGCGGCCGACAUUAAAGGAACCGGCUCGUGGACUCAGCUCUACCUGAUCACCGACUACCACGAGAACGGCUCCUUGUACGACUACCUCAAGUCCAACACGUUAGACGUCAAGUCUCUGCUCAAACUGGCCUACUCCUCCAUAUCGGGCCUGUGCCACCUGCACACCGAGAUCUACGGCACGCAGGGCAAACCGGCCAUCGCACACAGGGACCUGAAGAGCAAAAACAUCCUGGUGAAAAAGAACGGAUCCUGUUGCAUAGCAGACCUGGGGCUGGCUGUCAAAUUCAACAGUGACACUAAUGAGGUGGACAUCCCUCCCAACCUCCGCGUGGGCACGAAGCGCUACAUGCCGCCCGAGGUGUUGGAUGAGACGCUGAACAGGAGCUACUUCCAGUCCUUCAUAAUGGCCGACAUGUACAGUUUCGGCCUCAUCGUCUGGGAGAUGGUGCGACGUUGCAUCUCCGGAGGCAUUGUGGAGGAGUAUCAGCUGCCCUAUCAUGACCUCGUGCCCACUGAUCCCUCCUAUGAGGACAUGAGGGAAGUCGUGUGCAUCAAGAAACAAAGACCUUCCUUCGCUAAUCGCUGGAGCAGUGAUGAGUGUCUACGACAGAUGGGAAAGCUGAUGUCUGAGUGCUGGGCUCACAACCCGGCGUCUCGCCUCACAGCCCUGAGGGUGAAGAAGACCCUGGCGAAGAUGUUAGAGUCCCAAGACAUCAAGAUGUGACAGAGAAUCAAGAGAGAUGCUCUCAUCACCCAGAGACUUGUCACAGCCAGUGGUGCGGCGCCGCUCACACUGGCCAAUGGACGAAAGGGAAAAAAAGAGAGAGAGGAGGCUGUGAACGAUGGGACAAGCCGACAGGGAACAAGAGUGAUGGACGUAAUAGUCGACUGGGAGCCCGAAGAAUGAGAGGCGGAAGAUUGAUUAUGUCAGGGGGAGAUGUGACGUCCCGUUGUCUGAGUAACCUCGGACAAAAGUGUUCAGGUUGUGCUUUCUGUGAAAGCUUGAGUGGUCGUCGGGGUCCGGACGGGGACCCUCGCAGCUGAGGAGCUCGGUACAGAGGCAUCUCCUGCUCUGCUCUUCUAAAGCCAUAUAGCAGUAUUCCAUGUGCAGUCUUUUGUACCGUCACAGCUGCCUUAAUAUAUGUUGUUUUUGACUGCAUGCUGUGAUGUCAUAGCAAUUUCACUGUCAAUUCCCUCCAUAGUGACCGUCAUCCAUCCCAGGAAGAGGCUUAUUCGUGCCCAGUGACCUCUUUGUCAAUUGUGUUAUUAUUAUUAUUGCAGAGUAAAACUAAAUUAAUUAUAUUAUGUAUUUUAAAGUACAGUUUAUUUCAAUAUUAAAAGAAGCUCUCUGGGUAAAAAGUGUUACAUCACUGAUGGAUUUGUGAUUCUUCCAGCCUCCAGAGCUCAGACUUGGGCCUCCUCCUUCCUCAUUGUCUCCUCUAUGGUGCCAUAUUGUAGCAUUAUAUUUUUGUCUGUGUGUGUGUGUGUGUAGAGAGAGUUGUGUAACUUUAUCUCAAGCUGUGUACACAUUAUCAUAUUUGUAAAUGUGUAAAGGAUUCUGCAAAUGCGUGGUCAAAUUUGAAAACGCGUACGGGAAUCUGCAAAUGUGUAUUUUAGGAUCCGUUUGUGCAUAAUCACAUUUGUAAACAUGGUGAUGAGAUUUACACACGUGUGGACAAAUCUGCAAAUGCAUGCAUGUGUAGAUAAAUCUUUAAAUACAAUGUAUGUAUCUACCAUGUUUUUUUCUGAUAUUCCUGUUUGCAUUUAUACACGGAUAUUUGCGGAUUAUUUUAGAAGUGUACAAAUCUGAUUCUGCACACACGGAUUGAGAUACAGUUACACAACUCCCCCCCCCCCCACACACACACAAGUAAUACUGCUACAAUACUGGCCCUAUACACUUCUUUCCACUUUACACAACUCAUUUGUAAGUUGAUGAGCUGGAAUCUAUUGAUAAUUAUCACCUUGCCGGAUGUUAAACUAUGUUUUUGAUGAUGUGUGUGUACAGAAUACGUCCCGUCCACUCUACCACUGCGGCAUGUGCCUUAUUUAAUCUGUACAUAUGUGAUCACGAGAGUGUACGAGUGGACCGGGGGAACAUUCCCUAAUAAAACGACUGUGUCUCGAA